AUGGUCAGAGUUAAGCACAGGUACAUUCUCUUUGACAUUCUAUAUCCUCCCAAUUCGUCGCUGGCUUCUCAUAACGAAUCUUUUCACGAUUAUGCAACAUCUCAACAGAAAUCACUUCUCACGCUUCACAGAUCGUCUUCACCAGACAUUUUGUACAAAAACAUUCUUUCCACCAUUAGAAAGUCUCUUGAGACACAUUAUGGCGAGUUGGGGGCAGGCUCAGCGGGACAAUUAAUGUCAGUACGGUACUUUUCAAAUAAAACAUCAACCGGAAUAAUACGAUGUGAUCGUGAACAAGUUGAACUAAUUAUUGGGGCAAUGACUUUAAUAACUAAGAUCGAUAACUGUUCGGAGAAUGUUAUAUUCAGAUGUUUACAUGUUAGUGGAACUAUUAAAAAAUGCGAAGAGUUUGGCAUCGAGUGGUCCAAACAACUAAUGAACAAACUUGGGCAAAAAACAUCAAACGAAAUGAAGGAACUUGUUACAGAGAUUGGACAAUUGAGUGAGGAAGAGUAUGAAGAACUGCAUUGA